AUGCAACUUUUCCGCAAGACUUCUCUAUCCCGACCGGAGGGCGAAGCAGGCAAAACAUGGCCAGCCAUUGCCAUGGGCUUCUUUGUUGCAUUCGGAGGAGUACUAUUUGGUUACGGCAUCCUCUUCAUGCCCUACUGGCAGAAACUCUUCAGUACUGGCUACAUGGACUCCGAUGGCAACCCUAAUAUUACUACUUCCCAAGAAUCAACUCUUGUCUUGAUCCUUUCUGCAGGCACCUUCUUCGGAGCUCUAAUCACAGCCUUAUUUAGCGAUUAUCUCGGCCGAUGA